AACGCCCGCACUCGACUGCUCUUCGAUGUCUGCGAGUGUAAAGUUGAUAUCUGGUAGCAUUAUUCCUGCUAGCAGUAGCGUUUCAAACCCAAGCGCUGGAGAUAAAUUGCGCGCAGAAACGGAAAAGUUGAAUGACUACAUGUCGGCAAGUAAACGCCAAUCGCCCAGCGCGGUGCAACAGUCAAGCCAAUCAACCGAUCGUCCGACUAACAUCAACAACAGGGACGCAGUCGUAACGAGUCUCAUUGCUGGAGCGGUUGCAGGCGCGCUGGCAAAAACCACCAUCGCUCCACUGGAUAGGACGAAAAUCAAUUUUCAGAUUAACAAAGAUGUUCCGUACACGUUCCGCGCUGCUCUUGGAUUCCUGCGACAGACGUACGUCCGGGAAGGCUUUCUUGCUUUAUGGAGGGGCAACUCAGCCACCAUGGCACGCAUUGUGCCGUACUCGGCAAUCCAGUUUACGGCACAUGAGCAGUGGAAAAAACUACUCCAAGUGGAUCUACACUCAGAUACCGAGGUGCGCCGGUUUUUAGCGGGUGCGCUUGCCGGUAUCACUUCUCAGUCACUGACGUAUCCGCUCGAUCUGGCGCGCGCCCGCAUGGCCGUAACGGACAAGUACUCCGGCUACAAAACGCUCCGCGAGGUGUUUGUGAAGAUUUGGCAGUGCGAAGGUCCCCGGACGCUGUACCGCGGCUACUGGGCGACCAUUCUUGGCGUCAUUCCGUACGCGGGAACGUCAUUUUUUACCUAUGAUACUCUCAAAAACGAAUACUACAAACGAACCGGGGACAAAUCGCCAAACACUGUGAUAUCUUUAACGUUCGGAGCCGUAGCUGGUGUGAUCGGGCAAUCGUCCAGCUAUCCGCUCGAUAUCGUACGACGAAGAAUGCAAACGACAGGCGUAACUGCACAGUGUGCGGACCAGUAUCUAACCAUCGGACGUACGCUGAUCAAAAUAUACAGGGAGGAGGGACUCAUCGGUGGCUUUUACAAAGGAUUAAGCAUGAACUGGAUCAAGGGUCCUAUCGCCGUCGGUAUUAGCUUUGCCACUUACGAUCACAUCAAGCACAUGCUCCGGGAGGUGAUACACGUGCGUGGUAGCGCCCAGGCACGGUAAUGUCGGUGAUGAUGCUCCCGGCGAAAACAAUGGCACAGCAGCAUCGCCACGCGUUUACGCACUAAGCACUUGUUGUCGAUCCGGUAGGCCACACAUGACAUUUUGAGUAAACCAAGAAAGCACGUGCUCAUCCGGUUCCCAUCCAGCUGGACCGUGCCCUGCAACGAAUCCCAACGAGAG